UCUUCCUCUGUGGCCAGCUUGUGUCCUACCACAAUUACUGAAAAGACGGCGUUAAAUUCUUUGGGGAUUCCUCCCCAUUAGCCUACUCUGCAUAACCUACAUUUCAAGAUUUUGUUAACGUCCGGAGUAAGCUUCUAAUGUUGCCACCUCGUUGGCUGUGGUCAGGUUACUUAUUGACUGCAGAGGUUAUUUUGUAUCUCACGUUGUCAUUUGCUAUUACUUUGGUAAAUUUAGACGUCCAAAUGUAUGACUAAUCGGCUUGACAGGUAGUGAAGCUGUCGCCGACCAUGUUACUAAUCUGAACGCGCCACAACUAUUUUUGUUAGGCUUCUAGAUUAUGGGCAGAUAGGUAAGUGUUUCUGAGGUAAGUGAGUGUACUAAUUCAAUUAACCCAUAAGAAACGAUAGUGGGCGACGUUCUGUCAGUUGACACUGCAUCAACAAUUAAUGCUGAGAGAUUAGGCGUAGUUAACACAUUUGCAAUCACAAGCUUAUACCUUGGUCAUUGAAUGUCCAGACUUUAGUGUGCUUAAUAGGCCACUAUUCAGUCAUAGGCUAUGUCACAAUUUGCUCCAAGGCAUUAAAAACGUUUGCGUACAGUACGUUACUAACAACCAGACCAGUGGUUAGGCCUAGGCCAACUAAACCACUGAUAAAUUGAAUUUGUGAUUCAUUCGGUUUAACAGUAGGCUAAUUUCCACAUGCUCAUCGUCUACGUCUACGUCACCGGACUAAUCAUGCUUUCAUGAUCCAACCUGCGAAGGAGGAGUCUAGCCUACUCUAGAAUUGCGAAACUACUCGAUGCGCAUCAAAGUCUGACGGGACAGUCGGUGUAGUAGUUCGGUUUCUGAACGUUAUUUUUGAACGCGUUGAAGUAGGCUGAUACCUAAACUCGGUGAAUUGUCGGCCUUCUAAUAAAUAGGCUGGACCAUCGCUUUGAUCUGACCUGAGGGCCUGGAGAAUGUCUUUAGCAGACCAAAGUCAACAAUGGUAUCCUACAAGUGUACAGGUAACGGUGUUCCAAGCCAGGAACUUGAAAACCAAAGGGAAGAAUGGUACCAACGACGCGUAUGCCAUUAUGCAAUUGGCCAAAGACAAAUUUUCAACGUCAGUGGCAGAGAAAUGUGUGGCACCGAUAUGGAAGGAGGAAGCCACUUUUGACCUGCCGCUCUUCCACAAUGGCAACGCCGACCGCUGCACGUUGUAUAUCAUCGUAAUGCACCGGGCGCUGGUGGGUCUGGAUAAGCUACUUGGACAGGCAGUCAUCAACCUCUUGGACCUCCACGAUAACAAAUCCAGGAAGAAGAGCGAGUGGUUUAAGCUGCUGGAUAAAAAUGGGAAGGCAGACAAAGAUCGGGGGGAAGUUCUGCUGGACAUCCAGUUCAUGAGGAACAACAUGACAGCCAGCAUGUUUGACCUCUCCAUGAAGGACAAACCACGGUCCCGCCUUGGCAAGCUUAAGGACAAGGUCCGGGGAAAGAAGAGUGAUGGCUUCUCUGACUCAGCGUCUGCUAUUGUGCCUUCAGUCAGUCAGGUGCUAACGGACAGCGACGGGGAAGGGGAUGCCCACUCAGAAUCUCCCGCCACAAAGAAGAAGUCCAAACUCAAGUCUCUGUUCGCCCCCAAGAGCAACCUGCACCGCAACCACUCCCAGUCGAUGUCUGUCUUGGGAACCCUCCCAGAGAAGAACUCUCCCCUCAGUGGUAGCCGAUCCUCUGGCCUUAACGUUGAGUCCCCUGAUGUGAAAAGGAAGAUCGGUCUUGGCAAGUUUGGGCUCGGUCACAAACGCACAGGAAGUAAUGACAGCAAGGCGUCCCAGGGCCCCUUCUCCUUGCUGGGCCGAUCCAAGCAGAGUGCCGCAGACCAGAACACCACGUGCAUUAACGGCAGCCACGUCUACGCGGAGGAGCACGAGCGCAAGACCGGCUCCACCCUCAGCCUGAGCAGCUCAGGAAAGGGCUCUGUGGAGGACGUGAGGAGACAGCAUGAGCGAAACUUCUCCGAUGCCUCCACCGACUCUUUCAAGGCCCUGACCAUCCCCAGCUACAAACCAGAGACGCAGGAGAGGAAGACCAGUGUACCGCAGCGCCUUACAGAAGAGGAGGAAGAGAAGGAGUUGGAUGCCAAGAGCCAGGCCGAGGAGAAGCUGAGGCAAGCAGAGGAGAAACGCAGGCAAGCGGAAGGAAAGAGAAUCCAGGAGAUGCUGGAACGGCAGGAGGAUCAAGAGAAAAAGCGGAUGCUGGAGCGCCAGAAGAAGGUGGAAGAGGAGGAGAAGAAGAGGAAGCGAGAAGAGGAGGAGCGCAAAGAGCAACAGCGACUACGGCAGGAGGAGGCCAAACAAGCAGAGGAGCAGGAGCGGAGGAGGCAAGAGGAGGCGCGGAGAGCUGAGGAGCAGAAGCGCCACGAGGAGACCAGAGUAACAGACAGGCUGUCGUCUCUGUUUGGCCUCGGGAGGAAGAAGGAGGAGAAGAAGGAGGAACAGCACCAGGAGAACCAGCCGGUCGCAGCUCCUCGCCGUUCCUUCAAGGAGCUCGAGGUCCCUGCAUCUUCAAACCCCUUUGAGGAGGUCUCACUGAGCCCAGAUCCAACUACAACUGUCCAGGGCCCAACGGAGACUCAAAGAGCAGUCCUCAACCCCCACGUCCCAAGCAGUGGCUUCCCCAGUCGCACAGCCAAGGUGUCGGCCGUCAAGCCAAGAUUGGCAGAGUGGCAGAAUCCUGAAACUGAUUUAAGUAAUCCUCCCUCCCCCACCAAUACUACAGAUACCCAAAGCCAAGAGCAAGACCAGGUUUCCCCCUCCUCCCUGCUCUCGGGGUCCUCCUCCUCUAGUGUCCCCUCAGACUCUGUAGAUAUGUACCGGUACUACAGCUCUCACUCCUCCGUGGCUCCUGCUAAUGCUUCACCUGGUGUGAACGACGAACCAAGACCGGACCAAAUGGCAAACGAGCAGAGAGUGGGACAGAAGCAGGCCCAGAUGCCGGCUUUGCCACUUCCCGAUUAUGAGACUUUGUUUCCAAAGAAGAGACAUGGAGUCAUGGGCCAGAAUCGCUGGGAUAACAUCAUAGCCGAGGUGAAUCAGAGACGACUAGAAAGAGAGACUGACAUGAGUGGGCCAGAGAUGAGUGUUGAUGGUCCGAGCGAAGAGCCUCCAGUUGUUCCAGAAACUGCAGUCCGUCAGGAGAGAUCCACAGCAAGCAUGAGUCAAAGCUCUUGGAGGCAGGUGGAAAUGCAUCGAGAAAUCCCCGAAGCAAGGACUGUAUCUGGUACCAGACAAGCCCUUCAGCCUCCCAAGCCAACUGCUGCCGCAACGCCAAGACCACAGGCCGAGAGGGAAACUGUUGUUGCCAAACCUAGACAUUCACAAGGUAAUGAAAGAAUAAGAAUAGAGCAUGAGCUACCUAAAGAACCACCUGUGCCGGCAAGCCGAGCCAGUCAGAUUCAGAAUCAUUCUGACAGAAGUUCAACAGAUGUCUCACAGGCUGACAGACAGAUACCCUCUGUGAAACCCAGGCAAAAAACGCCAAUGAAAGAACCAACGGAACCCCUCCAGCCUGAGGCAACCCAAGAUAAGAACAUGGACCCUUUCCCCAACAGUAGUGUUCAGUUGAGAGACCCGUGGAAUACCCCACAGCCGAACAAAGAUCAAGAUGACCUUUUCUCAGGAGGCACAAAGAAGGAAGUGAAACCAGAAGAGAGGGGUUUGACUGCAGACGAUCUGGACCAAAUAUUUGAAUCAGCUCGUCCAUCAGAUCCAUUUUCCAACCUCUCUCAGAAUGGCUCUGCCAGAUCUACAGAGCAAAACAAGCCCACAAAAGCCAUCCCAAAAGAGGUCCGUGCCUCCCCCGAAAGUUCCCAAAAGAAGCGUCAAGCCCCCAAACCUCCUACGAGCUUAAGCGAUACUAGGAAUAUGUUUAUGGAUAGAGUAGGCAGACAUUCUGGACGAAGACAGUAUGACACUCGGAAGUCAAAGCCUGACGUGAAGACCCAGGAUGCGGUCCUCAGUGAGAAGCCGAUAUCAACCGGACCUGAAGAGGAGCCUGUUUCCACAUCCUCUGGCCCACCGGAGAGCUCCAUUCCAGGGGCUGGAGAUUUUGCAACCCAUCCGGUGGGGCUGAAGACCCCUGCACGUGCCUGGGUGUCACCCUCAGAUGUGCAGCCUGUAGCCACUCAGAGUAGCGGUGGAGGGCCAUCGGCAACACUACGCAGGCCCCACCCAGUGAAACCAUUGAGCGCUCAAGAAAGCCAGCACCCCGGCAGUAGCAGCGUUGCAGUAAGCAAGGACCUUAAGUCCAUUAGCAUCACUGAUAUGCCAGAGAAACUCAAGCGUACUGGUAGUGGUCCGUACACUCAGCUCACUCAGGAGGAGCUCAUCACCCUGGUGGUCAAGCAGCAGACUGAACUCACCAAGAGAGAUGAGAAGAUUGUGGAGCUGGAGGAGUACAUUGACAACCUACUGGUGCGGGUCAUCGAGGAGCAGCCCAGCAUUCUCAUGUCACUCGCAGCUGCCAAGGGCUCCCACUAGUGGUCGACUGUGUGAACAUGAACUGUGGGCCUGAAAGCUUGUCUUAAAUUAUCUCUCACUAUCUGUCAGGCUUCUGUUUGUUUGUGUUGGGGGAUUAAAUCAAACUUUGCACAAGGACUUUGCUUCCAGCUGGAGUGUCAUUCUCUAGCACUACCCUUGGCUGUAUUAUGCACUUUUGAUGGAAUAUCUGUUAAUGAACUUUUCAUGAAGGCUAGUACAUAAAGGAGUGGAAAUCUAUAGUAAUGGUAAUCAAAAAAACUCUAAGAUACUUGCUGGUGUCAAAAAUCAAUGAAGAAACUGACUAUUUAUUGUUUUUGUUUCUACCGAAGUUGAGUGGUUGACCCUAGUAUUUCAGAAACUUGUUCAUGAAAACUGUGUCACCUUGUGCUCUUAAUUGUAACACUCAAAAAUGUCAGACAGUUCAUUUGUGGCAUUUAAUGGUUAUUAACUUAAUUGUAGCUUUUGACUGAAUGGCUGUGCUGGAAGGUGUCCUUAAGAGUCUAUUGAACUGGAAGGUUCACCAAUAUUUAUUACACCGCUGUAAGGCUUACUGCUGCCUGUCAGUGUCACUACCGCAGCAUGUUUAAUUAUCUUUUGAUCAUGAGUGACAUGGCUUCUCUUGUUUACUGCCGUCGUCACUGAUAUACAGGCCUUACCAGUAACUUGUUGGUUGUGCUUGUGCUUGGUCGAACAAUGUUGAAUGCAUCAGAUUGAUUGUUCUGGUUGAGUUUGAGAUCUCUCGUUCAGCAAUAGCACAGCUGAUUUUUUUAAUGUUGUCUUUAUUUAAUUAACUUAAUUUCACUGUAAGGUCAUGCCCUUUUUAUAGCAAUACAUUUUAUUAUACUGUUCAGGUACCAAAAAUGAAUUUAGCUAAUGGUUUAGGAACACUUUUUUUCUAGAGCCUUGGGGCUUUGUUCCUGACUUGGCCUUACAGACAUCUGUGUCUGACAUGAUUCCUUUGAUGUUCGUUUUAUGACUAUGUUAUAUUUUUGUUUGAAAUAUUGCAAUAUCAGUGCGGAGAUAAGUCUCGUUCAUGAUGACUUGCUGGUUGUGUUAGUAAUGGCUGUUGGGAAAUGCUAAUUCAACCAAAACAUUCCACGUUUGUCUUUUGUUCUGGUGCUCUGUCAAGUAUCCAGUCAUUUAGAUGAAAUUGUGCAUUUUAGUGAGGGAUGCCGAAUAUCUUUGAGUGACUAACAUGAUGCUAACAUGCUACAUUGAGCUUAAUGUUUCACUAUUUGAUUUAAAGUGAAUUGAUAAUUAACCAAAAUAUUUGUAAUAUCUCAGACCUAAAGGUAGUGUCAUGCUGCCUUAAAGUCAGUCUCAUUAUCAUGUCAUGUCAGGGAGUGUGCCUUGUUCGUUUGUACAUAUGCAAUACAAUGACUAUCCACUGAUACAAUUAACUUUUCACAUGAAAUGUUAAGCUAAUAAGUUCAGUUAUUUUGAUUGGUUUAAAAAUGGCUAUUUAAUUCUUAUCAUGCCUUUGUAACACUUUUUAGCUCUCACACUGGACUUAAUCUCGAAAUACAGAUAUGAGCACAGUCUUGAUCGGAGACUUGAUGGAAUGACAGUCUUGAUGAUUCAUGUAUGAAUAAAGUGAUUCUAUGCAAUCAUG